ACUAUUCUAUGAACGAAACGAAACUCGAAAGUGCUUGUGAUGAGUAAAGACGAUUAAAAAAGUGUCGAUAGGUCAAUAUUCCGCAGAAAUUAGCCAGAAUCUUCAGGUAUCUACAAAAUAUACUAAAUAACCACCCUCGCAUGUGAGGGUACUAUGUGGUGGUGCUGUUCUUCUUCCGCUAGCUCAGGACCGAUGGCAGCGAUACGAAAGAAAUUAGUGAUCGUCGGUGACGGUGCGUGUGGUAAAACGUGCUUGUUGAUCGUGUUUAGUAAAGAUCAGUUCCCGGAAGUGUAUGUGCCGACAGUGUUCGAAAAUUACGUCGCCGAUAUCGAAGUAGAUGGCAAACAGGUUGAGCUCGCACUGUGGGAUACGGCCGGGCAAGAAGAUUACGACCGCCUGCGGCCGCUUUCAUACCCCGACACGGACGUGAUCCUAAUGUGUUUUUCGGUAGACUCUCCAGAUUCCCUGGAGAAUAUACCCGAGAAGUGGACGCCUGAGGUAAAGCACUUCUGCCCCAAUGUGCCCAUAAUCCUAGUAGGCAACAAGAAGGACCUGCGUAAUGACCCUGCCACCAUCAACGAGCUGCGUAAGAUGAAGCAGGAGCCCGUCAAACCUCAGGAGGGCCGCGCAAUGGCCGAGAAGAUCAAUGCCUUCGCGUACCUCGAGUGCUCCGCUAAAAGCAAGGAGGGUGUGCGCGAGGUAUUCGAGACAGCGACGCGCGCCGCUCUGCAGGUUAAGAAGAAGAAGAAGGCCAGGUGUUCUCUGCUGUAAUUGUGCUGUUGUCGGAAGAACUCUGAUUUAUGAAUCGUUCGCAUACUGCCUGAAACUUACGUUGAUACGACUCGAACUCUGCGCAGUGCGACGUCGGCCACACAGUGCUUCCUUCCGAUACUGACAGCUGACGCGAUGUGGCGCCGCAUAGCACGCACACCCACUCAGUAUUCGUGUGGCUCUACUUUCACUAUUGGUACUUGUAUAUUUUAUAGAUUAUCUAUAAAGAUUAAGAGUAAUUGCCUUAACAUAAUUAGUCGGGGAUGCAGGCUGGCCCGCCUGGGCUGCGGGAUGGUUUCGUGCUAUACUAUCAUGUUAUAUAUUGAGUAGCAUUUCUUCCACAAAAUGAACCCUCGACUGGCAUGGUCUCAGUGAGACUAUUGUUUAGUUUGAUAUUUUGUAUUUUUCAAUAAAAUAGUGAUGUAUAAAUGGUGUAGGAGGUUUAUUUGACGAGGAGUGUGAGCCCCACUUGACUCAGCUAAGUGCCUGUCAACUAGACAUGUCUACGAGACUUACAAUCUGAACCUAAUCGUUUAAGGCAGUUUUAUUGUAAUCUAUUGUUUGUGUGAAAUUUUAACUUCCAUACGGUUAUAUCGCAUGUUAAUAUAAUUUAUUAGUAAUAAAGGAACCCCACAUUUUAACAAUUCUUU